AUGGAAUUGGUUACAAAACAAUUUGAAGAGCAAUUGAAAGGAAAAAAGUAUAUACUUGUUCUUGAUGAUCUGUGGAAUGAGGAUAGAAAGAAGUGGGUUGAUUUGGAAAGAUUUCUCAAAUGGGGGCAUGUGGGCAGUAGGAUUUUGAUAAGCUACUGCUUUCAAGGUGGUUGUUCUAACUUGAGGGGGUUUCCUAAAGAAUUCUGUAAAUUAGUAAAGCUUAGACACUUGAACUUAAAUGGUUGUAAUGCUUUGACUCAUAUGCCUUUAGCAAUGGAUAAGCUCACAAAUCUUAGACUACUCCCUGUGAAAUGUCAACUGACAGGCAAAGUGAUGGUUUUUUAUAAGCAAGAUAACCCAAACACAUUAUAUGUACGUAGAGUCUUCCAAACCCUUCCUAGAAAGUGA